UCAUGCCAUCCAGUUGCUGCAUGCAUGCUGCACGUGUCGUCACCGAUCCUCGCAUGGUGCCAGUGCGUACGUUGACAGAAACUCGCAUACUGGUGUCCACAAAUUGCAGCUUUUCCCAGCGGUUUCAUGAUGUGAACAGAAGCAGUGUCCUACAUUAGAUCAAAGAAGAUAUAACGUUAAGUUAGUAAGUUACAUUAGAUGACAGUUGUGGCCUGCGGAGGUCUUCAUAGUUCAAGUGUCUUCCGUUUUAGCCAAGGCAGCGACGAUUAUCAGUGAUUAUCAGGGGAUGAGCAGGGCCAUGGCAGAAGCUAUGUUAGAAGAUGCAGAACCCAAACCGCGCAAACCCGGGAAAGUUAAGAGGUGUUCCUUCGCUGGUCUUGGGCUACACGACUGGCUCUCUGAACAGUGUAGAUCUAUGGGUUUAACUCAGCCAACUCCAAUUCAGCAGUAUUGUAUUCCUCCAAUUUUAAGAGGUCACGACUGCAUCGGCUGUGCCAAGACUGGCAGCGGCAAGACGGCUGCCUUUGCUCUUCCCAUCCUCCAGAAGCUAAGUGAGGAUCCUUAUGGUAUCUUCUGCCUGGUACUUACACCAACAAGGGAGUUGGCAUUCCAGAUAGGGGACCAGUUCCGUGUCUUGGGAAAACCAAUUGGAGUGAGAGAUUCUGUGAUAGUUGGAGGGUUUGACAUGAUACGGCAGGGCCUCGAGCUGUCCAAGAAGCCCCAUGUGGUCAUCUCAACUCCAGGCCGGCUGGCUGACCACAUCAAGAGCACCGACACAUGCGAUCUUCGAAAAAUCAAGUUCCUGGUUCUGGAUGAGGCAGACAGGUUGCUGGAGGGCAACUUUGGUCCCGACCUGGAGGUCAUCUUCGACGCCAUCCCAACUGUCCGGCAGACCUUGCUUUUCAGCGCCACCAUCACCGAUACCAUGAAAGAGCUACAGAAAGUGUCCAUGAGCAAGCCCUUCUUUUGGAUGUCCAAAGCCCCUGUGGUGACAGUUGAGCAGUUGGACCAGCGAUAUUGCAUCACACCAGCCCAAGUCAAGGAUGCCUACCUGAUGCACAUUGUCCACCAAUUCUGCUCCGAGGAUGAGAAGAGAUCAGUCAUGAUAUUCACCAGCACGUGCAAGUAUUGCCACAUGUUAGCCAUCAUGCUGAGGGAAAUGGGCCUACCGUGCGUCAGCCUUCAUUCACUGGUCAAACAGAGAACAAGGUUGGCCGCAUUGGCAAUGUUCAAGUCCAAUCAAGUCCGUGUUCUGGUUGCCACUGAUGUGGCCAGCAGAGGGCUAGAUAUACCCACGGUGCAGUUGGUUAUUAACCACAACAUUCCAGCGUCACCGAAAGACUACGUGCAUAGAGUCGGUCGCACAGCUAGAGCAGGAAGAGGAGGCAUGGCGAUAUCUCUUGUGACACAGUUUGACGUGCAGCUGAUCAAGGCCAUCGAAAAACUCAUCAACACCAAGCUGACAGAGUUCAAAGUAGACGAAAAGAAGAACGUGUUGCCAAUUCUGAAUGAGGUGGCCCUGGCAAAAAGACAAGCGGAAAUGAAACUUGAGGAGCUUGAUUUUGGGGAGAAGAGAGCCAUUAACAAGCGAAAACAAAUGAUUCUAGAGGGCAAGGAUCCAGACGAGGAGGAAAAGAAAAAGCACAAACUGCUGAAGAAGAGACGGAGAGAGCAUCAGAAAGGAGAAGGUGCUUCUACGUCCACAGCUCCUGUGUCAUGACAACAUUCUCCAGUGUAAUACACCUGGCCUGACGAACACCAUGAAAGAUGCCUAGAGGAAUGGACCAUCUUCCAUGCACCCAAAGAACCACAAUCACCGGUUGUUGGCACACCACUGAAUUCAAAAGCUUGGGGUCCCAAGUCGUAAUACCGUUUGAGCACAAGUAACCCCACUCCGGUAACAAACACAGAAACGAAGGGGGGUGGGAAUGGCUGAAAUGCCUCCAACAUUGAUACGUGUACUUCUCACCCACCACCCCUCAAGACACACCAGCUUAGUGCUCGUCAGUGAUUUGCAAAAUCACCCAUGCAUAUAGCACACUAAAUGUCCGUGCAGAAGCACACCGUAUGGGAGAUAGUCACUUGAUAAGGAAGCCCCCUUUCAUGUUCAUGAACAGAUGCGUUCCUCGUGCAUAAUCACUUUCCUCCAUGGGAAAAAAACUUGAUAGAGCAUUGGCUCCAAGAAGUGAAAUCACUGGCCUCGGUGUUUUACAACUCCGCAGACAGUAAAUUUGUAACGGCUCUUCAACGAUUUGAGACUGGUUCGGAAAAAUUUCCAUAUACGGGCGCCACUUGACACCCUACGCACAAGCCUUAUGGAAAAACAUCUUGAACAAAGUUUUUAAAGUGAAUACCUCAAUAUUUUCACAGCUAAAUUGGACAUUUUUUAGAGGUGGUUGCUUUGAGAAGGCUAACAGGUCACUGCGGGGACAAAAUCAGUGACGUCUGUAUUAUGGAACUCUUUACACUGGUUCCCUCAGCACAUUCCAAUGGAUGGGUAUGGGAACCAGCACGUGGCUUCACUUGUUCAUCAUGUUUAUGCAGCUGGGAAUGACCAAGAAGCUGUUUAUAUUUUUUACAUGAAGAUAUAUCGGUAAAGAUACAAAAGAUAAAAAGAUUUCACCUCUAGCACACUACAUGUAAGAUUUUAAGGACACUAAGCAGUUUGUCUAAAUACAAACAUUAGAUAUCAUUUGGAAAUACAUGUAUAAUAAAAUGGUUCUUUUAAUGUAUGUUCCAUAUGUCCUUUGUACAGAAUAAAUUAUUCAUGAAGAAAGCUUCAUGAUGAAAAAAUUA